CGCCGGGCACGGGCAGUUGCCCCCGGGCAGCGACAGCUGCUUUUUGUUGCCGCUCCGCCACGCCCAUGCCUCGUCAAUGAUUCCCUCUUCCUUCCCCGGCACUCUCCUACCCUCUUAAGAAGACGAGCGGUGCUCCCCUCCCGAACACUCUCUUUGGUUUGUUCCGUCUCCACAUGGCAGAGAUCUGUUGCGACGUCGUGACCCAGGCGGAGCGGUUGGCCAACCCCUGCUCGCCCAGACCUCGCUUGGACCGGCGGCGCCGCAUGACCCGCCGGUUCAAGAUCCUCGCCGGCGCAGAAGCGCUGGAUCUGACGGAGGAGAUGGACGGGAAGAGGCGGCGAUUGGGUUGCUCCCGCUCGUCACCCGGCGUGGAGGGCGCGGAGGAGCCGAGGGUGGAAGUGGUGACUCAGAGGGCGAGCGACCCAGAGCUGACGCAUUUGUCGCCCCCCAAGUAUGGGAUGAUGGCCGUUUGCGGCCGGAGGAGGGAGAUGGAGGACGCUGUCUCCAUCCGCCCGAACUUCGUCAAACGUGCAUGUGGGGCUGCCGCCAGGAACCACAGCUUCUUCGGCGUCUACGACGGCCAUGGUUGCUCCCAUGUGGCGGCGUUGUGCAGAAAUCGGAUGCACGAGUUGGUGGCUGAGGAGAUGUCAAGACUCGGAUCUGAUCCCCUGCCUCCGGAGGCAUGGACGAGGUUGAUGGAGCGGAGCUUCUCGCUGAUGGACUCGGAGGCGUCGGCGGCGGCGCAGUCAGGCAGCGACCGGCUGAUCCCCUGCUGCCGCUGCGAGCUUCAGACGCCAAGGUGCGACAACGUGGGCUCCACCGCCGUCGUCGGCGUCGUGGGACCUACCCACAUCGUCGUCGCCAACUGCGGCGACUCGCGUGCCGUCCUCUGCCGCGGCGGCGUUCCCGUUCCCCUCUCCUUCGAUCACAAGCCUGACCGGCCGGACGAGCUGAGUCGGAUCGAGGCGGCCGGUGGUCGAGUCAUCUACUGGGAAGGCGCAAGGGUUCUCGGCGUGCUCGCCAUGUCACGAGCCAUCGGGGACAGCUACCUGAAGCCGUACGUGACAUCGGAACCGGAGGUGACGGUGACGGAGAGGAGCGAGGAGGACGAGUGCCUGAUCCUGGGAAGCGACGGGCUGUGGGACGUGGUCACCAACGACAUGGCCUGCCACGUCGCUCGCAUGUGCCUCCGGGCCAGUUCACCCGCGAGGGUACCCGGCGAGCGUCGCGACGGCGCGUGCUCCGACGCCGCGACGCUGCUGACGAAGCUGGCGCUCGCGAGGGGGAGCGAGGACAAUGUCAGCGUGGUUAUCGUUGACCUGAGGAGACAAUCGAGAUGAUGCAGUUCUACCGAGAGUAGCAGUAACACGUGAACUGGCAAUUCUUAAUUAGAAAGAGAGAGAGAGAGAGAGAGAGAGAGAGCGAGAGAGAGGGGAAGAAAUUUAGAUGUAUGAAAUGAUACAUAUAAACAGCUUUUAACUUCUUUUC